AUGUAUCCCAGAGCUGGUCUGUUCGUCCGCCUGGUAUUCUUCGCUCGGGCGGUUUCUGCGUCGCUGGAUAUUGUACCAGGUGCAACAUGGACAGCCGCGGGGACCAACAAGCAUAUUCAAGCUCAUGGAACAGGGCUCAUCGAGGCUGCUGGAGUCUAUUAUAUCAUCGGCGAGAAUCACACUUCCGGCUCAAGCUUCCAAUCCAUCAAUUGCUAUUCGAGCACGAACCUCAUCGACUGGACUUUUGAGAACGAACUUCUGACCUUGCAGAGCUCCGGUGACCUGGGUCCAAGCCGCGUCGUGGAACGACCUAAGGUCAUCUACAAUGACAAGACCAGAAAGUAUGUCAUGUGGAUGCAUAUUGAUGAUUCGAGCUAUGCUGAAGCGCGCGCCGGUGUGGCCACGAGCUCCUCCGUGUGCGGAGAUUACACUUACCUGAACGCGUCGCGGCCCCUUGGAUUUCAGUCUCGCGAUCUGGGUCUCUUCAAGGAUACCGACGGCACAGGCUAUCUCCUCACCGAAGACAGAGCUAAUGGUUUGCGCAUUGACCGCUUAUCGUCCGAUUACUUGACAGUUGAAAGCAAUGUUCAUCUGUUUACCGCCGACUACGAAGCGCCCGCAGUGUAUAAGAGUGGAAGUACAUAUUUCAUGUUUGCCAGUGCAAAUGACAAUAAAUACUCCACUGCUACCAACCUCGCGGGUCCUUGGUCGGAUUGGGCCAACUUUGCGCCCGCGGGCUCACAUACCUACAGUUCUCAAACAAGCUUCGUCGCUGACGUGAACGGCCUGGUGAUGUAUAUGGGCGACCGUUGGGUUUCCUCUGAUCUCGCCUCGUCGACAUACAUCUGGCUACCCCUAACCAUCUCCGGAACGACUGCCUCAAUCAGCUCCGAUGCCGUCUGGACCCCCUCUUUCACAUCCGGGACAUGGACCACCGUGUCGAGCACCACCACCCUGGGCGCGAAAUCCGAUGGCACGCUCGGGGGAUCUGCCAAAUCAAUCUCUUGCUCUGGCUGCAGCUCCGAGAUCAUCGGCUGGCUCGGCGGAACAGACAAUGGCACGCUGACAUUUGAUUCGGUUAAGUUCACCGCCACGGGAGAAAGUACCGUGCAGAUUUCAUACGGCAAUGGCGAUAGCACGCAGCGCUACUGCUCGGUAACGGUCAAUGGCGAGACGCAUGUCGUCGCGUUCUUGCCCUCUGGGGGGCCGCAGACGCUGCGGACAAGUGUGCUCAACGUGGACGUGAAGCAGGGAACCUCGAAUAUUAUCAGCUUCUCAGCGUAUAAUGGGGGAUACUGUACGAACACCCCCUAUGUCGCAGACUUGACUUGCUAG